UUCUUCCCCCGAGAUUUGAUUGCGAAUCUCAGAAACCGAAAGACGCGCCGCCCCGUUUCUUCCCCGCCCUCCGAUUCAGUCAUGAGCAACCAUCACCAAGCAGACCACCACCCGCACCACCCGCAGCAGCACCGCGUGUCGUUUGCUCCGACAGCCACGUCCGCGCCUGAACGCCAGCACGACCACGACCACGACAACGACAACGAGGAGCAGCACGGCGAUUCGCUCUCCGUCCAGCAGCAAGCGUCGUCGUCAUCCUCUUCGCAUUUAAAUCGCCGUGCGUCGCCAUUGCUCGCUGCCGAUGCGCACUCGCCCGAGAUCACCCGUCUGCGCCAGGACGCCGCGCGUACGCACAACUGGAAACGCUGGGGUCCGUACCUGUCCGAGCGCCAGUGGGCGACGGUGCGCGAGGACUACUCGUCGGAUGGCAACUGCUGGAAGUCCUUUCCCCAUGAUCAUGCGAGAUCGCGCGCGUACCGCUGGGGCGAGGAUGGCUUGCUCGGAAUCACCGAUCGUGAGUGUCGGCUGUGCUUUGCGCUCGCCCUGUGGAAUGGCAAGGAUCCGAUUCUCAAGGAGCGGCUGUUCGGCCUCACUGGCCCAGAGGGCAACCAUGGCGAAGAUGUCAAGGAGUGCUACUACUACUUGGAUUCAACUCCAACCCACUCGUACAUGAAGGCACUGUACAAGUAUCCGCAAGGAGAGUAUCCUUACUCCCAGCUGGUCGACGAGAACCGCAGGCGUGGCGUGCAUCAGCGCGAGUUUGAACUGGAAGACGCGGGCGUGUUUGCCGAUGGCAGAUACUGGGACGUCCAGGCCGAGUACGCCAAGGAAGCCGAGGACGACAUUCUGAUCAGAAUCACCGUCACCAACCGCGGCCCCGAGGCUGCCCGCUUGCACGUGCUGCCCACCCUGUGGUUUCGAAACACUUGGGUCUGGGGCUGCACGCACGAAGGCUGCACCAUGCGGCCCACCAUUCGCGGGUCAAACGACAAGCCGUCAUCCGCAUCGUCGCCCCAGUUUGUGCGCAUGACGACCACGCACGAGACACUCCAGCCCUUCGAAUGGGAGGCUGAUGUUGGUCCAAACGGCGCUCUGCCAGAAACCUUGUUCACGGAGAACAUUAGCAAUUCAGAGCGCCUGUGGAACCUGCCCAACGACAAGCCCUACGUCAAGGACUCGUUCCACCGCUACGUGAUCAACAACGAACAUGGCGCUGUCAACCCAAAGCACGUCGGCACCAAGGCUGCAGUCGUCUACGCGUUGGACGUCCCCGCAGGCGAGCAGCAAGUGUUGCGCUUGCGUCUGCGCGCGCUUGGCACCACCGCCCAAGCUUCGUCGGCACCGUUUGGUCAGGGAUUUGACGAGAUUUUUGCCCGCCGCAUCAAUGAAGCCAACGAGUUCUACCAGCAACACGUGCUCAAGCCCGACAUGUCCGACGACAACGCGCUCAUUGCUCGUCAGGCGUACGCUGGCUUGCUGUGGACCAAGCAGUUCUUCCACUACAUUGUGCGAGAUUGGCUGACAGGCGAUCCCAACAUGCUGGCGCCGCCUUCAGAACGCAUGCAUGGUCGCAACCAUGAUUGGCAGCAUUUCUUUGCGCGCGACGUCCUCUCCAUGCCCGACAAAUGGGAGUACCCGUGGUUUGCGUGCUGGGAUUUGGCCUUCCACAUGAUUCCAUUUGCCAAAAUCGAUCCAGAGUUUGCCAAGCAUCAGCUCAGCCUGAUGCUUCGAGAGUGGUACAUGCAUCCGAAUGGUCAGCUGCCCGCCUACGAGUUUGCCUUUGACGACGUCAAUCCCCCUGUUCAUGCGUGGGCCGUCUGGCGCGUCUACAAAAUGUCGGGAACCAAGGGCAGUCGCGAUCUCAACUUCCUGACCAGCUGCUUUGUCAAACUCAUGCUCAACUUCAACUGGUGGGUCAACCGCAAAGACAAGGAUGGAAACCACGUAUUCUCUGGUGGAUUCUUGGGUCUUGAUAACAUUGGCGUCUUUGACCGUUCCAAACCGCUUCCGACGGGUGGAUCGCUGCAACAGGCGGAUGGCACGGCCUGGAUGGCAUUUUUCUGCGUGACAAUGCUCGACAUGGCGCUCGAGCUUGCACAGCACAAUCCCGCCUUUGAAGACAUUGCGUCCAAGUUCUUUGAGCACUUUGUAGCCAUCACUGACGCCAUGAACCACCUUGGUGGCUCCGGCCUGUGGGACGAGUCUGACGGCUUCUACUAUGACAAGCUGCAGACACACUCCUGUGAAAGUCACCUGCGUAUUCGCUCGAUGGUUGGCUUGAUCCCCCUCUACGCUUGCUUGGUGCUUGAGCCCCGUGUGCUCGACAAGCUGAAAGGAUUCACCAAACGGCUGAACUGGUUUUUGCGCAACCGCAAGGACUUGGCCAAGAGCAUUUCCUACCUCACUCCCCGUCAGUCCCAUGGCGCAAAGGACUCGGAAGAAUCCCAAACCUCCUGCGACGCGAAAGGGGGCGUGCACUUGCUGGCCAUCCCAUCGCGAGAGCGCCUGGAACGUGUGCUCAAAGUCUUGCUCGAUGAAGACGAAUUCCUGUCUCCUCAUGGCAUUCGCUCCUUGUCGCGCGUGCACGAGCGCUCACCCUUCACGCUGAACGUUGGCGGCGAAGUCCACCGCGUCGACUUUGCCCCUGCCGAGUCUACCUCGUAUCUGUUUGGUGGCAACUCAAACUGGCGCGGCCCCAUCUGGCUUCCCGUCAACUAUCUUCUCAUCGAAGCGCUCGAGCGGUACCACUACUUUUACGGCUCGGACUUGAUGGUCGAGUGCCCAACCGGGUCUGGUGACAUGAUGAAUCUCAAGCAAGUGGCGCAGGAGCUGUCGCGACGCUUGACUUCGCUCUUUGUGUCGGACGAGAACGGACGUCGCCCGUGCCACGGUGACAACCCGCUGUACGCCAACGACCCUCACUGGAAGGAUUUGGUGCUCUUCUACGAGUACUUUGAUGCGCUGGACGGUCGUGGCAUCGGAGCCAGCCAUCAAACCGGCUGGACAGCGCUCGUCGCGCGUUGUUUGGACAAGAUUUAAUCGGUGUGGGGGGGGGGCUAAGCUCGAAUAAUGUGUGCUGCUGUUGUGUUGUUGUGGAGCAUUUGGGUGUGUGCACGGGUUGUCAAUGUGAGCUUUGCAAUUUAAUCUCGUGGAAUUCUGGAACA